CCCAGAGCUCCUUAAAAGCAACACGGGGAUUUGGCACCGUAACUCACCCUCAUAUCCAGUAGACCGCACGCUUUAUGAUUUGCCUUGUCGAUGAGUGAUAAAGAGGUAGUAACCACCCGCACCCAGGUCAUUGCAGAGGCCUGGGAUGGAUGGAACCCUGAUGUUGUGGUUGGGAUCGAUUUCGGGAUGACCUAUACGGGCGUUGCAUAUUCCUGUGCGCCGGAGUGGCUGCCCCCGAAAACUAUCCAGCGUUGGCCAGGAAAGCUGCCCGGUGAACUGGCAAACAAAGUGCCUACCUGUCUAGAAUAUUGCACACAGACGCAGACCAUACGAAACUGGGGGUUCAGCUGCGAUUCGAAUGACCACACAUCGGAGAUCAGAGAGUUCUUCAAGUUGCACCUGGCACCUCAGUAUCAGGACUUAGGGGGGCCUAGUCGGCAGGAGGCGCAAGGCUGGUUUCAAGACUAUGUGCAAUGUGUUUAUCAGCAUGUGGUUUCUCAUUUUAGCAGCACGAUGCCGCAGUUUGCCUCACGGAAAGUUGAGUUUCUUUUCAGUGUGCCGACGACGUGGAAAGACAUAAGAAUGGUCGAAGAAACCCGUACGCUCCUAGAGCGCGCAAUCAAUGAGAAGACGCCGAACCACCGCGCUUUUAUCGGACUCACAGAGGCAGAGGCAGCAGCAGUAUAUGCUGGUAAAGAACAUUACCAGGCCGAUGAUACGAUUCUUAUUUGCGAUUCAGGUGGAGGGACUACAGAUGUCAAUACUCUCAGGCUGAUCUCUUCAAGGGGAGAGCCAACCAGGCUCGAGCAACUGGGCCACGUUGAAGGACAACCUAUUGGCUCCGUAUUUAUUGACAGAAGAAUGCACCAGCUAAUCUGCAAGAAUCUGGAGAAAGUCCGAAACCAUUUGCGCCUAUCACCGAGCGAUGCGGCAUGGCGAAUGACAUCAGAUCGUUUUCAGCGACUUAAAUGUGCCUUCGGUACAGAGGCAACGUUGUCUCCAUGGUUAAAGCUUGAUGUACCAUCAUUAUUGGCCGAAUCAGACCUUCCAGAGGCCGAUAUUUACAACGGCCAGAUGCGUAUUGCAUGGGAAUAUGUCAAGGAGUGUUUUGACUUGAAGAUAGCUGAAAUAUGCAGACUUCUGGAUGAUCAGAUAUCCCAAAUGCAUGCUCGAUACCCCAAGGAACAAAUAGCAUACCUUAUCCUUUCCGGGGGAUUUGGGAGCUCCUCAUACGUGAAGAAAUGCCUCGUAGAGAAAUAUACCAACCCAGAUACCAAAAAGUAUCCAAAUAUUCAACGCAUGCAGAUCCUUCUUGCAGACGAGCCGCAGCUCGUAGUGGUUCAUGGUUUAGUCCUGGACCGGAUCCAACAGAUCAAACACGGAGUAAUCACGUUUGGAACACGAUGCUCUCCCGCAAGCUACGGUAUUAUAUGUGACCAGAUAUAUGACCCGGCAAAGCAUAUCGGAGAGCCCGUCCGGCGUGACUCCCGAGACAAUAAGAUAUAUGCAAUGGACCAAGUGGACUGGCUUGUAAUUCAGGGUCGUCCGAUCCCACAUACAGGGUUUACAAAAGAGUUUCAAUUUAAGGCAGACCCUGGCCAAGAGAGCGAGCUUCGGCAAGUGCGUGUUGUUAUGUCAAUCCUUCCACCUAACAGGCUUCCUAGAAGUAUGAGCCAAGGGGGUCUUCAGGUAGUUUGUAGCCUUGAUAUAGAGACUGGUGAUGUUGACAAAAAGCUCAAAAAUGGUCACUGGUAUAGUCUCAAGCCUGCCUUCUGGCGGACUGUAUUUGACGUGAAAGUGGUUGUUGGGCCCGCUGAUUUAUCGUUUCAGUUAUGGUCUAAGGAUAGGAGGAUCCGAGGAAGCAAGCACGAACCGAUUACGGUGAAAUGGAUGCCCGCGAAAGCGUUGGAUGAGGAGAAAGCCACAUAUUGAUGUGAUAAUUACGAUGUUAGAUGCCGAUUCCACAGUUCACGUUGUUCCUUACACUGUAUGCAUAGCUUAUGUAGGGUAUUUGUCGAUGGGUUUGGAGCGCAUAUGUUUGCCGCUAAGCCUUUAGUCUAUGCCGUUUCCCCAUAAAAUUGCUAGAAGGUCGUCGGAAUCCCUAAUGAGUGAACGCAGUCAUCAGCUGUCAUGGU